UAACCAACAACACAAAGGGGAGAAAAAGAAAAGCUAAUAGCGAAAAUGGCCAUGAUGUGAAAAGAUUAGAAGAUAUUCCCAAGGCAUCAUUUCUCCUUGUUCACACCCCAUUUUAGUGUAGGGCACUUCUUCGGCGCAGAUUGGAUCUGCUUGCCUUGCCUCUGAUCUCUUUUUCGACUGAAUUUCGUGGUCGGAGAUGCUGGAUUCUGAAUGCUUUCGGAUUCGGAGGGUUUGGAUUUGUGUAGAUCUGCUGCGCUUUGAUUGCUGCAAUCGAUGUGUUUGAGGCAGCGACUUGAUUCUGAACUAUGGAGCAUUUGUUCGUCAAUGUAUAGGAAUUCGAUUCGCGUAAUACAGGUCUGGUUCGGCCCUUUGGGCUUCUGAUUUCCGGGUAGGAAAAUUUUGGGGAUAAAUUCGCGGAUUGGGUGGUUUCUUGGAGGAACUAAAGGCGCUAUUGAUUAUAUGUUGUAAAAAAAAAAACAAAUUGGCUGGCAAUUCGUCGAUCUUGUUGUAGGUUAUUGGGUGUUGAUUGAUCUAGGGUUGGGUAUUUAAUUAUUUGUUGAAUUUUAUCGAAUUUGGGGGUGAUCGGAGUGGUUGAUCUUUUUGGGAGGGGAAUAGGUUGAUGUUUUUAGAGGCAGCCAUGGCUGCGGGUACAGAUUAUUCUCCUCCAUUAGAAGCUGGGAAUAGUACUGAGAGGCGUGAGAUUUCAGAUGUAAGAGAUGCUUUAUCCGAAAACUCUGAUGACGUUAAGCAGACAUUGAGUGGGAAACCACCACGGCAUCUCUCAGUGGCACGCCAUAGCGCGACGUUACUUUCGCCCUCGGAAUUGGAUUCUGAUGCUAGAGUGACUGGAGCCAGGUCCCCAGCAGAUAUAGUUUCAAGCUAUAUGCCGGUUUUUCGCUGUGGAAGCUGUGCCGAGAAAGGCCCCAAGCCGUACAUGGAGGACAAGCAUAUCUGCAUAGACAACUUGCCUGAACAUUUGAGUGAUGCUGCUGGUUUCCCUUCGUCUGGAGCUUUUUAUGGGGUGUUUGAUGGUCAUGGAGGAACAGAUGCUGCAUCAUUUGUCAGAAAUAACAUUCUCAAGUUUAUUAUUAAGGACUCCUUUUUUCCAGCUUGUCUGGAAAAAGCAAUCAAGAGCGCAUUUCUUAAAGCUGAUUAUGCAUUUGCCGACGAGAGCUCCCUUGAUAUAUCCUCGGGUACAACGGCAUUGACUGCAUUCAUAUAUGGAAGAAAGAUGAUAGUCGCCAAUGCUGGAGACUGUCGCGCCGUCCUGGGAAAGCGCGGCAAGGCGAUCGAAAUGUCGAAAGACCACAAGCCGAAUUACACAUCAGAAAGGCAAAGAAUCGAAAAGCUCGGAGGAGUCAUCUACGACGGGUACCUCAACGGGCAGCUCUCCGUGUCACGCGCCCUCGGCGACUGGCACAUGAAAGGCCCGAAAGGGAGCGCCUGUCCCUUGAGCGCAGAGCCCGAGCUGCAGGAGAUCGUACUCAGCGAAGAAGAUGAGUUUCUAAUCAUGGGGUGCGACGGCCUGUGGGACGUCAUGAGCAGCCAGUGCGCAGUCACGAUGGCCAGAAAAGAACUGAUGCUGCACAACGACCCGGAGCGGUGCUCCCGGGAACUCGUCCGGGAAGCCCUGAGGCGCAACACGUGCGACAACUUGACGGUUAUUGUGGUGUGCUUUUCCCCGGACCCUCCCCUGCGGGUGGAUGUGACGCCGAGCCGAGUCCGGAGAAGCAUAUCGGCUGAAGGGCUGAAUCUGCUGAAGGGCGCGCUGGAAGGUAGCUUGUAGAGGUAAGAUUUCGAUUUCGAUCCCGAUCCCGAUUUGCCGGAAUUUAUCUUAAAAUCUUGUUGCCUGCCUGCCUGAUGGUUUUCGGGUUUCAGUCUGUGUGUGUAUAUUUGGGAUGUUGCUGUUGUAUUCAAUUGUUAGCUGCUGAGGAUGUUUUUUGUGUCCUUUUGGUUGUGUGUAUGUGUGUAUAUAUAUAUUAUGUGUUAGUUGCCCUUGUUAUAUUUAAUAAAAAAUUUAUCUAGCA